UGUCAGUCGGUGCACAGAGCCGUCCUGUGGCUCGACGUGAACAAACUAGAGGCUUUUGAGGUCAGCUUCUGCUCCGACAGACCUCUCACUGUGAAGGCAAAGAUUUCAGUGCAGGUCAAGGACAACCAGUACAGCAAUACCAUCAUUUUGGUGACAGCGGAGGCUUACCAGGAAAUCGUCUCACUCGAUUACAUCAGCAGGCCGAUUCAGGACGUGGAUCAGGAGGAGGAAGGAGAAGGGAACUGUGAGGUGCUGAACUUUGGUGACUGCCAUGUAGACUGCCAACACCAGGAGAGUUUCACCUUGAUCAACCACAGUAGCGACCAGGUGGUGAGAUUCGAGUGGCCUCCUGGCGGAUCUCAUGUCAGCUUUUCACCUCAGGUCGGGCACCUUCAUGCUGGAUGCUCCAAAGAAGUGAGCGUUAUCUUUUGGUCCAGUCAGCUGGUGACUCUGAAAAGCAAGUCAAAGAAAUGCAAGUUUUGCCGGGUGGAGUUCCAGCAGCCUCUGGAGCAGGUGGCCGACUGGGACGACCGGCAGAGGACAGUACAGUGGCAAAGCCCUUCAAAGGUUUCUGAAGCACCGCAGCUGCCUGUGGCCAGCAGGAUACACCCAGCCCCAGUGGUGCAGACCGAUCCUGAGCCCAGCUGCUCUGUGGUGGAUGGCUCUCAGUGGGAGCUGGAUUUGCUCAUCAGUGCAGUCUGUGACUAUGCCAAGUUCAGCUGCUCCAACAACACCAUCCACUUCAAAGACACAAUGCUUUUUCAAACCAGGGUUCACCAGCUGCAGAUUGUGAACGAAGGCAGUGUGAAAGUAGAUUACGCCUGGCAGGUCCUAAUGGAUUCGAGCAGCAGCUCAGGGAGUCGGGAUGGAGAUUCGCUGCCUGCAGCCCGUCCCUCCAGUGCUCUGCUCAGAGUGGCCACUCUCCUAACGGUGAACCCUGAGCUGCCCGCUUUCACUGUGGAACCCAGUGCAGGAACCAUUAUUCCUGGUGCCACGCAGGACUUCAGCGUCCGCUUUUCACCAGUGGAGCUGGCUCAGUUUCAGGGAAAGCUGAUCUGCAGCAUUCCCAACUUGCAGGAUGGGGAUCUUGCUCCCUGUAUCCCGGUGUUUGGCCGUAGCCUGCUGCCCCACUGCCACUUUGAUUUUGAGGACUCAGACUACAUCAGCGGCCAUCGCCGCAGGGUCAGGAGCCCUGUGGACCUCAACAGUCGAGUUUUGGAGUUUGAAGCUGUUGGCUUCACCACACCAUCAAAGAGUGUGCUGAACCCAACCAGUCGGACCUAUUCCUUCAAAUGGAGGUGUGAAGACGACAGUGCCAGUCCUUUCCGCUGUCUCAGCCCAUGUGGCUCCAUCCUACCUGGGAAGAGGACUCAGGUGUGUUUUGAAUAUAUUGCAGAUCAGCCGGAUACUGUGGAGUCCUUCUGGACUUUUGUGAUAGAGACUGUGUCGCUAUCUGUUCCCUUCCUGUUGGUGGGCACCACCAGAGAACCACUCGUUUAUUUUCAGAGGCCUCACCUUGAUCUUGGAGAGCUGCUUGUUGGCCGUCAAGCAGAGCAGACAGUGGCUCUGGUGAACGGAGAGCUGGAGCCCCUCAGCUUCUCUGUCCUGCCGGAAUCUCUUCUUUCUGAGGAUCAGCUGUCAGGUCUCAUUGUGCAUCCCAUGAGCGGCACGGUGGCACCCAAAGACAGGCUGCCGCUGUUUGUGUCACUCACGCCUUCCCUGGAGGCCCAUGUGAGUUUCAGGGUGACCCUUAAGGUGAAGUGCAGGUCAGAACCACUCACGCUCACCGUUAGGGCCGAUUGCUUUGCCAUGAGUGCCACAGUUCAGAUUGAGCAGCCUGACGGGGGCCUCAAAGAUGUUUCCCCCAACCACCAAGACAUUUUGGACUUCGGAAAGCACUUGGAGGCAAAGCCUCAAACUGCAACCAUUGAGGUGGGGAAGCAGCUGCAGUCGUUACUCUUCUUCAGUCCGCAGAACAUUUGCAACCUCCAGGACGUCAGCCUUAAUGUCAAGGUGAAGUUUGGGCCAACAUUUACAUUCACCGUUAAAGGUGGGGCGGUAGCACCCAGCCUGGAGUUCUCCUUCAACAAGUUCAACUUCGGCAGGUGCUUCCUGUCCUGCCCCGGCAUGCAGCCGCCGUCCCAAACUCUGGUGAUAAGCAACAAAGGGAGGAGAGACGUCAGGGUACCGCUUACCUUUUAUCCAUCUGAGGCACGUCGAUACCACGAGAAGCUCAGCUUCAUCCUGAACAGCUGCGUCACAAGACAGGUGGAGGUUCUGGGGCAGGGCACUGAGAUGAAGCUGGAAGUGGAGGAUCCUCGCCAGAAGAAGGUGAAACUGGGAUCUCUGACUUUGGGUCAGAAGGUGACAAAGCAAGUGGUUCUAGUCAAUCGCAGCAGUUUGGACCUCUCAUUCACCCUGACGCUUAAUGCAAAUACACCUCUGGAUCCAAAGGAUCUGUCUGUGAGACCAGCAGGCGAGCUGAAGCUCAAAUCUGCCGGCGGCUCCUGUCAGGUGGAGAUUCAGUUCUCGCCUCGUCGGCACGUUCCUGCCUUCAGCGCUGAACUGCAGGCGGAGUUUGCAGGCUUCUUCCACCCCCUGCUGACCGUCCAAGGCUGCUGCCUGGGUGUGGAGGUGCUGCUGGACCCGAACCACCUGUCCUUUGGUGCUGUGGUCCAGCGCUGCCAGGCCAGCAGACGGAUCAUUAUGGUGAACAUUGGUGACAUUGGCGCCAGAUUCCACUGGAAGACUGAGAAUUUCCCCGCAGAGCUGUCCAUCACACCAGCAAAAGGAUAUAUCUGUCCGGGGAUGGAGGUUCCCUUUGAAGUGACUUUCGCUCCAGUUGAGCUCAGUAAUGACAGGAGAUAUGAGGGCCUGUCUUGCUCUCUGGAGGGCUCCCCCCCACCCGUUCUGCUCACUGUCACAGGCUCCUGCAUUGCAGCCUCCACAACACAGGAGGUGGUGAAUUUUUUUUGCCCGGUGCGCAGCUCUCAAACCCAGAGCCUGUCUGUGAUCAAUCCCACCAAUCAGCGCUGCUGCAUCAGGCCGCUCAUUGAGGGAGAACAGUGGAGAGCUGCGCCCAUCGUGACCUUUGAACCCCACCAGAACAAGGCUGUUGAUAUCACAUACCGUCCUCUCACCAUGACCACUGAAGGAAAGAAACAUCUGGGAUCGGUUUUCCUCUCUUUUCCUGAGGGGAGAGGCAUGCUGUACUCCCUGCAUGGAACUGCUGAUCCCCCCAAAGCUGAGGACAACAUUUCGAUCGAGCUGCCAGCCAAAUCGCUCCAAUCACAGCUGCUUACUGUGAGCAACUGGCUCUCAAAGCAGCAACGGUUCCACGUGCUGAUGGAGACGCUGAAACCUGAGAAACCCGAUGCUACAGUGUCACUCAGGGGUCUCAAGUACAUGGAUGUGCCCGCUCACGCCAACAGGGACUACAAUCUGUCCUUCUCUGCAUACAAAGAGGGGCAUUACAGCACCAAGGUGACAUUUAGUAACGAGAAAACGGGUGAGUACUUGUUCUACCUUGUUACCUUCAAAGUCACGCCUCCUGGGAUCCUGUCCACCAUCACUCUGGAGACGACCGUUCGGCGGACGGUCUCAGCCAGCAUACAGGUGGAGAACCCGCUGACCACGCCGACCUGCCUCAGCACCGAGUGCAAAUGCCCCGACAUCAGCGCCCCCCCCCAGCACACGGUGCCAGGACUGUCCCAGGGUGUUUUGAGUUUUGAGUACCAUCCUCUACACGAAGGCGAGUCCACAGCCAGGCUGUCUCUGCUCAGUAAUGAUCUGGGCUACUUCCACCACGACCUGAUUCUCAGAGCUCUGCCCCCACCGCCAGAGAAAACCGUCCACUUUAGCGCUCCACUGGGCUGCAGCCACGCCGUCCCUGUUAAAUUCACCAACUACUCCCGCUUCAAGACCGAGUACUCCUGUAAGACUGAUAAGUCAGAUUUCAUUGUGGACGAAAGCGUUGGGGCCUCUCCAGGUUUCCAGCUUGGCUCGGAGGCCAGGGUGGAGGUUUGCUUUGAGCCUCAUCAGCUGGGGGAAGUGAAAGCCCAGCUCAGGCUGUACUCUGGAAUUGGGGGCGAGUACAUCUUCCCCUUGCACGGGGUGUGCCUACCCCCGAAAGCGCAGGGCCCCUUCAGCAUCAGGGCAGGUCGCAGCAUCAAUAUCCCCUUCAAGAAUGUGUUCCUGCAGACCACCAGUUUCUCCUUCCAGGUUGACAACCCUUGCUUCGCUGUCAAAGGAGUGGAAAGCAUCGGCCCCAAAAAAACCCAAAACAUCUCGGUGUGUUUUGAGGCUCCUCCAGGGGGGGGUUCAGGGCCAUGCUUUGGCAAACUGACCGUAACCAGCCAGCGCUCAGAGGGGAGCGGCAAAGUCACCACAUGGGUCUUUUACCUGAAGGGCCACCGGCCUGAGUCUUCA